AUGGCCGGGUCUACACUGCCCGAGAGGGUGGCACAAAUUUAUUACACGUACGGUUUAAUUUGUUCUUCUUAUCCUGUGACUGCAAUCACAUUAACAUUAUCCAUUGUAUUACUCUGCUGUUAUCCAUUACUAAAUGUACCCCUGCCUGGCAACAUACCAACUGUUGUGACUUUGCCAUUGGAGGUAACUAAUCUGGAUCCUUUAUCUAAGGUAGACUGCAAUAGUAACAAAUGUCUACAAGAACCACUUUCACAUUUAGAUAUCCUAUACAAUGAAACACAAAAACUGCCAUAUAUUUGGGCAAAAGAGAAACCUUUAUUAUAUGUACAGCAGAUUAUUAUGAAAAUAGGGGUUUCACCAUGGAAUAAUAUAAAGACUACACUGCUACAACAUUGCUAUCAGAUUGGUGGCAUCAAACGAAGGGAUAGUAAAGCGAGUGUUAAUCGUGUCCUUCCUGAGUAUAGCUGCUUGUUACUGUCACCUGCUAAUCUGUGGCAGCAAAACUUGCAAACGUUUGCAUUAGAUGCCAGCAUUAUCGCCAGUGUAUACAGUUACCAGAAUUUGCAGAAAGGCAAAACUUCAAUUGCAGAGAUGGCCUUCGGCAUGCAUCUCCGAGAAACCGGAAUCAAACGAUACCCUUGA